CAGUGUGUGCGCGUAUGUUUGUGGGAAGCCCGUCAGGGCACGCCCUUAAAGCUUUUCUUCAAACUUCGCUCAGUCAGUCAAGGGAUUUUAUGUUGUCGGCGCCCACUGCAAACUCACGGACUGAGAGACCAUGACUGCAGAAACAGCCAGAGGGGCUCCUGCUGGAGACUCUGGGCCAGAUAAAGAGACUCCUGAGGAUGGUGUUCAGCCAAGAGGGAAAUGGGCCAACAACAUGGAAUUCAUACUCUCCAUGGCUGGAGAAAUUAUUGGCCUUGGAAAUGUUUGGCGUUUCCCAUAUCUGUGCUACAAGAAUGGAGGAGGUGUCUUCUUCAUCCCAUACUUUGUGUUCCUCUUCUUCUGUGGGAUCCCCGUGUUCUUCCUGGAGACGGCGUUGGGCCAGUACACCAGUGAGGGUGGGGUGACCGCCUGGAGGAAGAUAUGUCCCAUGUUUGAGGGAGUGGGGAUUGCGUCUCAAGUGAUCGUGGUCUAUCUGAACAUCUACUACAUCGUGGUGUUGGCCUGGGCUAUCUUCUACCUGUUUUACUCCUUUAUAAGCCCCCUGCCCUGGUCCACAUGUGACAACUGGUGGAACACUGACUUAUGUCAAAGUCGCCUCAGCAUGUUUGCCAACCCCCAUUUGUUUCACCCUGACGCCAACUGGUCAUUCUUAUACAACAUCACCUCACCUGACUACUAUGGGAAUCUCACUUACAUGAAUGAUAGUGAACUUGUCCUGAUAGCCAAGUCACCAGAAGAGGAGUUCUGGACUAACCGUGUGUUAAGAAUAUCAGAAGACAUGUCCCUGGUUAAGGUGCACUGGGACCUGGCUCUGUGUCUUCUGGUUGCCUGGAUUAUAUGCUACUUCUGCAUCUGGAAGGGAAUCAGAUCCACAGGAAAGGUUGUGUAUUUCACUGCUACGUUCCCCUACCUGAUGCUAUUCAUCCUUUUCAUCCGUGGAGUGACACUCCCAGGAGCCGUGGAGGGGCUGAAAUAUUACCUCUUCCCUAAUUUAAGCAAGCUCGCUGAACCAGAUGUAUGGCGUGAUGCAGGGACCCAGGUGUUUUUCUCCUAUGCCGUGUGUCAGGGAGUACUGACAGCUCUGGGAAGCUACAACAAAUACAACAACAACUGCUACAGGGAUUGCUUGGCACUGUGUUGUCUGAACAGUGCCACCAGUAUCUUUGCUGGUUUUGCUGUGUUCUCAGUGCUGGGAUUCAUGUCUCAUGAACUGGACAUACCAAUGAAUGAAGUUGCUACUGCUGGUCCUGGUCUAGCUUUUAUAGCCUAUCCAAAGGCUCUGUCGUUGCUGCCUCUUGCAUCCUUCUGGGCUGUGCUCUUUUUCCUCAUGGUCCUCUUCCUGGGCCUGGACAGUCAGUUUGUGUGUGUGGAGAGCCUGGCCACAGCCCUCACAGACCUGUUCCCACGUCACCUGAGGAGGCCGUGUGCCAGAGAGUUGCUGGCCCUGGUCAUCGCUGUUGUCUGUUUUCUACUGGGGCUGCCACUCAUCACUGAGGGAGGGAUCGUCCUCUUUCAGCUCAUAGACACCUACGGUCCCAGUGGAACCAGUCUCCUCAUCAUUGCCUGCUUUGAGACCAUUGCCAUUGCCUGGGUGUAUGGUGCGGACCGUUUCUAUGACAACAUUGAGGACAUGAUCGGGUACUCACCGUUCCCCGCGCUGAAGUACUGUUGGAUGUUCGUCACGCCGCUCAUCUGUGGACUCACACUGCUGUACAACCUGACACAAAUACAUCAUCUGGAGGUGUAUGGUUAUGUACCCGGCGCCUGGGGCGCCGCUUUGGGUUCUCUACUUGUCCUCACUCCACUGAUGUGCAUCCCAGCAUUCAUUGUGAUCACACUGUUUAAGAAUCCCAAAAACAUGACUAAACCAUCCACUGAUCUGCGUCAGGCUCGACCAGACAAGCCAAUUCUCUCUCUGGGUAAAAACAUCAUCUUUAAGGCUCAGGGGCAGCCAAACAGUAAUGAAGAUGAAGGAAAUCAGAAGAUGACAAUGGAGGAACCCAGCAGGGUUUGAUGGUUGAUAACCUGCAACAAUUUAUGGUGCAUAGAUGGUCUCCAUAAAUUGUACAACUUUGUGACACAAAAAACACAAUGUAUCAUGUAAAGUAUGUAAAGAUUUAUAAAUGUUUAGACAUUUAAUGAGUAUUCAGGGAGAUCCUGUUUUUUUGUUAGUACAUUAGUUGUUGUUUUUUUUGAUGAAUUCCAAUGUUAAAGUCACACACAAUAUAAAUUGUCCUAUACGCCUAUAAUUAUAUAUGCUGUAAUUGUCUUUAAAUGAAGGAAUCAGAAUUGAUGCAGCAGAACCAAUAAUUUCAUCUUUUUUGUUCCACUCAGUCUUCUUACUCAUGCAAACCUAAAUUACAUACAAUGUAACACGAAUGCAGUUUGGUCAGAGAUGCAUGUGUGUUAUGCUAGUAGCAGCUACCCAUAAGCUGCUAGUCUCAAGCAGAUAUGAGGAGUGGGCUACAGCGGUCUGGUAAGCUCACUUCUUUCCAACUCCAUAACCCCCAGAUUGUUUUCAUAUUCAAACUAGUAGUCUUCAGCCUCAGCUGAUGUGACAUCACUUGAGGCAGUUCAUCACAUUUCACCCAGCUCCCUCUGAAAACACAUGUGCAGUAAUACUCACAAAGACCUGUAAAGAGAUUUUGAUGUGUGAAAAAAGAUGGAUUUCUUCCCAAAACAUUAACAAGAUUGUCCAUCAGGAGCACAUGUCUAUCCGACAAGUGUAAAUUGUAGUAGCUGUUCUUCAAUGAUUUCCAAGGGGCAAUGGGCACAGACAAAAUGCCUCUGGACGCAAUUAGGUAGACCUACAACCAGUCAGAGCAAUUUUUGAUUUGUAAAUUAAUAUUACCAGAUCCUGCUGGAAAUACAGCAAACAUUUUAAAUGCACUUGUUUGUUGUGUAUGUUAUGUCUAGAAAAUAUACCGUCCAAUUUGUUUACUGACUUGAUAACAGAUUCAACAGAAACAGUUAAACAUCAGCGGCAGCCAUGUCGGUUGUUUACCAAAAUGACUCAGUGAGUCAUCAAAUAAAACCCACCCCAUAUUUGAUAAACGGUUGUGAUUGACCUGACCGGAUCCAGGACCAAUGGAAAUCUGUCUGAAUGGGAGGGGGGCAGGAUGUAUCUGCCAGAGCAAAUUAAUCAUGAACAAUUUAGCCUUCUUCUUUUGUCAUUGAGAUAAUGUUUGUGUUUACUAUUCAGCCUGUACAUCUCUAUUUUAGUCAACCAAAUAAGACAGAUCAUUGUUUUAAAAUGUGCAUAUAUUCAAAUCUCAUUAAAAGUAUUGGUAUGCUAAA